AGAUGGAUGGGCUACAGCAAGGCGGGUUUUGUCAGGGAGAGCACCCUUCACACCCUCGGCGUUUCUGCCAGCGCCAUCAGGAUGACUCCCUUUGAGGUCAUCAAGGAGCGGUCCACCAGGAUCCUGGUGGCCCUCGAAUGCCUCAAGGCGAGACAGAAGGCAUGCACUGCGGACAAGGACGCCAACAUUGGCAACGGGAACAAGGGAAAGAACAACUUUGGCGACAACAAUGUGGGCAACAACAAUAUUGGUGAGCAGGACGUAGGGAGUGAUUCAGUGGUGCUGGAGAUACACGUGCUGCACUUGCUGAGAUGA